AUGACUGAACUGCAGAUAACCUCCACCCUCCCACUGAAGUCAGGCCACGAGAUCCCGGUUCUGGGCUUCGGCACAUGCGCGAGCGAGACCUGCACGCAGUCGGCGGUCGCAGCCCUUCGGCAGUCCUACGUCCACCUCGAUACGGCACAGAUAUACAAGAAUGAGGCGGAGACGGGGGCCGCGAUAGCAGCGAGCCAGAUCUCGCCGUCGGACCUGUUCGUGUGCUCUAAGCUCUGGGAAGACAUGUACACGCGCGCAGGCGCAUUGGCGGGUGUCGAAAGCAGUCUCAAGAACCUGGGCCUUGAGACUAUUGACUUGUACCUACUACACACACCGCGUCCAGGUCGCGAAGCGCGCAAAGAGGCGUGGCUGGGCUUGCAGGAUGCAGUGGGCAAGGGAUUGGUGAAGAGCAUAGGCGUAUCCAACUGGGCGCCGAAACACAUCGAGCAGUUGAUGGCCGAAGACGGCGUGCACAUCCAUCCGGUGGUCAACCAGAUUGAACUGCACCCUUGGAACCAGCAGAGAAAGCUGGUCGAGUACUGUAAAUCGAAAGGAAUCGUCAUCACGGCGUAUUCUCCACUUACGCAAGGCCGGCGGUUGAAUGACCAGACGAUCGUGGCAUUAGCGCAGAAGUACGGAAAGUCUCCAGCACAAAUUGUCCUACGCUGGGCUAUACAGAAGGGCUUGGUGGUGAUUCCGAAGAGCGACAAAGAGGCACGAAUCAUCGAGAACAAGGGGAUUUUCGGCUGGGGACUCUCCGGGGAGGACAUGGCCGCUAUUGACUCACUCGACGAGGGGCAACAAGCAAAUCUGGGAGAGUGGGACCCUUACGCUUGGGAUUGA